AUGCCUUGCCUCAAACAUCACCUUCACCCAUCUCUGCUUUAUCAUCACCUUGCCGCCAUCGCCAUCUCUCGAACACCACCUCCUUCGGCGACCGCUAUAUCUUGAAUAACCACCAGAAGCUAGAUCCCGGAACUAAACCCAGAAGUCAUCGUCUGGUACAAAAUGAACGUUUUAGGCGAACUCAAAAUUCUCAGUCUUCUCAUCUUUCUCUUUGCCAUUUCCUCACUCAUCCCCCCCAUCGAUUCGACAAUGGAACUGCCCACUGUUGCGNGACCCGGUUCCGACCCCAUGGCCAGUGCAAUUCCACUCGGUCCUCUUCAUGAACAACUCGAAAGGGGUCCUGCAAAUGGUGGACCUCUGGUAUGACUGGCCCAAUAGAAGGAAUUUCAACAUAAUCCAGAACCAGCUGGGAAAGCUGCUGUAUGACUUGGAAUGGGGCAAUGGAACUUCCUUCUACUACACUCUUGACAAGAACCAGGAGUGCCGGACCCUUCAUUUUCCCGUGGGAAUUCUUAGACCAGAUUUUCUUGAGGGGGCUAAGUAUCUGGGCCAGAAAUACAUGGAUGGGUUCCUGUGUAAUGUCUGGGAAAAAGUUGAUUUCAUCUGGUAUUAUGAGGAUGUUGCUACCAAAAGACCUGUUUAUUGGGCUUUCUUCACAGGAAGUGUUGCUCAUGUGAUGACAUUUGAAGUGGGGAAAGUGCUGCAGGACCCUAAUUGGCAAGCCCCUGUCUACUGCUUCAACAAGAAUUUCACAGUUUCUCAUUUUGCUGCCCCGGAUUUUGAUGGCAAUCUCAUUAGAGGAGGAGCGAUGCGUUCCUCUGACUCGUUCUAGUUGUGUUUAUUUUCUCUAAUAACUUUAUUUUGUGCUGGUGAUGCAAAAUAGAAUGAAAUCCAAUAACUCAAUGAGUACUAUGUGUAGUUUUUAAUCAGCUUUAUGUAUGCAUAUUACCAACCAUGGUCUAUGGUAGGAAUUGCAAGGAUCAAUAUUUUAGUGGGAAUGCGUUGUCGCUCUUGUCUCUUUGUAAUUUCUUUGCUUGGGGUCUAGUGUUAGGGUCGGGAAGGGCAGCAGGGGAUUUGAUUUAAGUUCAGGAUUUGGUGACUUCUGGAUGAGUUAUGGACACAAUUCCACUCAAAAGUAUACCCAUCGGAUUACAGGUCUCUAGUUCAGGAAGCUAGAUCAGAUUACAUACAUCAACUCCCCCCCGGAAGCUUUUUAUCUUUCUGAGGCCACAAUAUGUUGCUUCAUCUUUCUCUUUUUAUGGCAUUCAAGGAGACUCACCUUAAACUAAGAACAUCUUAUUAAUAUCAGGGCAGAGGAAAAAUGUGUACAUGUGAAGGAUUUGGACUCAGCUUUGAAAUUAUAUUUUAGUAAAUGGAUGAGCGAUUG